GGAUAAGACGCAGUCAGCAGCGUCUGGUGCAGCGUCCAAGGACAUUUGAGCGCGAGGGCAAAGCUGAUGCUGUCGGCGCGGCAUGCUGAGCCGCGCAGCAAUGGAUAGCGUGUCGUGUUUGAGAUCGCAAUCCACAGCCACAUCAGGCUCCGAAAAACGCAGCCGCACGCAGCGAUGAGGCACGACGCACCGCCGCGCGCCAGCCGCCGCGGCCGCCGCAGCACGCCGCUGCAAUGCGGCAAUUCAUAACACCGCCAUCCCGCCGCAGGCAACGCAACCAUGCAGUCCGUAAUAGUAGCGCUCGCGCUCACGGGCGCCGGCGCCUUAAGGACGCCGAUGACCAUGUCGACGGCCGUCAAGCACGUGACCACCAAAUCCGACGCCAUCAUGAAGGAGGCCGCUACUUUGAUGCCGGGUGGCGUCUCCUCCCCUGUCAGAGCGUUCAAGAGCGUCGGCGGCGGCCCCGUCGUCUUUGAGAAAGUCAAGGGCGCCUACGCCUACGAUGUCGACGGGAACCAGUAUGUGGAUUACGUGGGCACGUGGGGCCCGGCCAUCUGCGGCCACGCCAAUGAUGAGGUCAACGAGGCCCUCCGGGCCGCCCUCGAGAAGGGCACGAGCUUCGGCGCGCCCAGCGAGAACGAGAACGUCCUGGCCAAGAUGGUCUGCGACGCCGUGCCGUCGGUGGAGAUGGUGCGCUUCACGAAUUCCGGUACGGAAGCGUGCAUGGGUAUGUUGCGAUUGGUGCGGGCCUACACGGGCCGCGAGAAGAUUAUUAAAUUUGAGGGCUGCUACCACGGCCACGCCGACGGGUUUCUGGUCCAGGCGGGCUCCGGCGUCGCCACGUUAGGUCUGCCCGACUCGCCGGGCGUGCCGCCGGGCGCGACGCAAGGUACGCUCGUGGCCGAGUACAACAACUUGGAGUCGGUCGAAGCUUUGCUGAAGGAGCACGAGUGCGCCGCGGUCGUCUUAGAACCGGUCGUCGGCAACAGCGGCUUCAUCCCCCCCACCCAGGAGUUCCUCGAGGGCCUUAGAGCGAUGACGACGAAGUACGGCGCCCUCUUAGUGUUUGACGAGGUCAUGACGGGUUUCCGCAUUGACUACGGCUGCGCGCAGAAACAUUUUGGCGUGACGCCCGACGUGACGACGAUGGGGAAAGUGAUUGGCGGUGGCUUACCGGUGGGCGCCUACGGCGGCCGCAGGGACAUCAUGGAGCAGGUCGCGCCGGCGGGGCCCAUGUACCAGGCCGGCACGCUGUCGGGCAACCCCCUGGCCAUGACGGCGGGCAUCAAGACGCUCGAGAUCCUCUCGCGGCCGGGCCAGUACGAGAAGCUGACGAAGCUUACGGAACGCCUCGUGGAAGGCAUCUUGCGGGAGGGCAAGGCCGCGGGCCACGCCAUCUCCGGCGGCUCCAUCAGCGGCAUGUUCGGCUUCUUCUUCUGCGAAGGACCGGUCACCUGCUUCCGGGAAGCGACGGCCUCGGACACGGACAAGUUCGCGCGCUGGCACCGGGGCAUGCUCGAGCGGGGCGUCUACCUCGCGCCGUCGCAGUACGAGGCCGGCUUCAUGUCGCUGGCCCACACGGAGGCGGACGUGGACAAGACGAUCGCGGCGGCCAAGGAGGUCUUCGCGACGAUCUAGGUCCCUUGUCCCGGUUCAUAACGUUUACGUGCGAGUCGCUUCGUCGACGGCGUAUGGCUAGUGUCUUUCGGCCGCUAGGGUAAAAUUAAACAUUGG